GACAAGAUAAAUCUCGAACAAACCCUAAAAAAAAAUUAAAAUCAAAAGCGAUUCAAACAAAAAUUCAAUUUUAGUUAAUUUCAUGAAAUAAAUACGAACAAAAUACGAUAAAAAUGAAUCAACAAGGAUUUCUCCCCAAUCAAGGACAAGUUAUUCGUCCGGCACAAAGUCCUGCUCAGCAAACAAACAACACACAACAAGCUCCAACCACUCCGCAAGGUCCUCCUCCGAACCAGAGUCCCGCACAAACUGGUCAGCCACAACAGCAACAACAGGCACCUCCAGCACAACCAAUUCAUCAACGCGACUUUCCUUUACUCACACUUUGCAAAAUUGGUCAAGAUACGGUAAUCGACAUUGUUUCUCGUUUCCAAGAGGUUUACACGCUUCUGAAGGUCGUUGCACCACCAAAUGGCACGCAACAAGGUCUCACCAGCAGCAUGGACAAGAAAAUGAAGGUUCAGGAACAAUUUCGGACUUUGCGAUUGCUGUUUAAACGUUUGCGAUUGCUUUUUGAUAAAGUGAAUGACGGUCUCGAGGACACGGAUUAUCCGCACAUUAUGAAUUUUGUUCCGUUGAAAGAUGGGCCCGAUACUCGUCCAGAGGUGCAAAUAACAGACGAUUAUAAGAAAUAUGUGCAGGAAGCGAAGGAAUUGUCGGAUAUGCUUUCCACGAAAAAUCGACAAUUGCGAGAAGUUAUUGAUAAGUUGAGGAUCAUCAUUUGGGAAAUUAAUACAAUGCUGUCCAUGAGACGAUCUUAAUUUUACUGAUUUUAAUUAAAAUAAUAAUUUUAUAUA